AGGGAGGGGAGGACCCCGCGAAGGCUGCGACGAUCCCUCGGGGCCAUGGACUCGGACGCCAGCCUGGUGUCUAGCAGGCCGUCGUCGCCGGAGCCCGAUGACCUUUUCCUGCCGGCCCGGAGCAAGGGCAGCGGGGGCGGCGGCUUCACGGGGGGCACCGUGUCGUCGUCCACGCCGAGCGACUGCCCGCCGGAUCUGAGCGCCGAGCUGCGCGGCGCCAUGGGCGCGGCGGGCGCGCACCCGGGGGACAAGCUGGGCGGCGGCGGCGGCGGUGGCUUCAAGUCAUCCUCGUCCAGCACCUCUUCGUCCACGUCGUCGGCGGCCGCGUCGUCCACCAAGAAGGACAAGAAACAGAUGACGGAGCCCGAGCUGCAGCAGCUGCGCCUCAAGAUCAACAGCCGCGAGCGCAAGCGGAUGCACGACCUCAACAUCGCCAUGGACGGGCUGCGCGAGGUCAUGCCGUACGCGCACGGCCCGUCGGUGCGCAAGCUCUCCAAGAUCGCCACGCUGCUGCUGGCGCGCAACUACAUCCUCAUGCUCACCAACUCGCUGGAGGAGAUGAAGCGACUGGUGAGCGAGAUCUACGGAGGCCACCACGCCGGCUUCCACCCGUCGGCCUGCGGCGGCCUGGCGCACUCGGCGCCCCUGCCCGCCGCCACGGCUCAUCCGGCGGCCGCGGCGCACGCGGCGCACCACCCGGCCGUGCACCAUCCCAUCCUGCCUCCGGCCGCCGCGGCCGCCGCCGCCGCUGCGGCCGCCGCCGCGGUGUCCAGCGCCUCCCUGCCCGGCUCCGGGUUGUCGUCGGUCGGCUCCAUUCGGCCCCCUCACGGCCUGCUCAAGUCUCCGGCGGCGGCGGCGGCGGCGGCGGCGGCCCCGCUUGGGGGCGGGGGCGGCAGCGGCGGGGGCACUGGCGGCUUCCAGCACUGGGGCGGCAUGCCCUGCCCCUGCAGCAUGUGCCAGGUGCCCCCGCCGCACCACCACGUGUCGGCCAUGGGCGCGGGCAGCCUGCCGCGCCUCACCUCGGACGCCAAGUGAGCGGGCCUGGGGGCAGGCGCGUUCCGGCGAGCCGGGAGGGUGGGAGCCCCGAGGCUGCGUGGGGGGGAGGAGCCAGGACCGGCCGGCGCUGCGGCCUGGGAACUCAGUCCCAAGGAGGAGCGCCGCGCCGAGAGCCGGGGGUGGGGGGCAAAGGUGAGGACUCCAGUACCCGGGUCCGCUGCAGCGGAGGCGUGCGCUGAACCAUGGGCAGUGAGAGGUUGCAUUUGCUCUGGGACUUGGUUCAACCCUCUCUGGCUUUAAACAGCAGCGCUGCUCCCUUGGACAUACUUUUAUAAGAAGGCGCAGCUACCCGCAUCCAGUCGUUCAACCCUCCCUCCCCUGACCCCUCCCCUCAGAACCCCAGAAAAGAGGUGACUCUAAAAACUGCUUUCCCUACGAACUCGGCCUCACUCGGCCCGGGCAGCACUUCGUCGUACCGAGGAGGAAGGCAAGGAGGGGAGCGUUGGGGGCUUCCUCGCCUCUCCGGGCGGGUAGGAGACUCUGGAGCCACAGUCCAGAAGCGGCCGUCCGGACUCGCCCUCAAGGGUCGUCCCCGGCCCAGGGCUCGGGCUACGAGUUGGUAUUUGGCACCAGAAGCACUUACGGUCGCGUCCAGUCUCCGUAUCUGGAUAAACCCACAGCGGUCUCGGACUGUUCCUCCCUGUUGCUUCUGAUUGGUUUGGGUUUGUGGUUUUCGAAGGAAUCUGUCGACGUUCCUUUUUCAACAGUGCGAUCAAGCUUUAUAGACAGUCAGAAUAGAACCACUUGUGGAUUGUUAUAACCUACAACUGUCGACUUUGGGUGCGGGUGUUUUUUGUUUUUUUAGUUAUUUUAAAAUAGAAUUUCCCUCCCUCCCCCUUUUUUCCUUCUCGGAGCACAAAGUGAUUUGGUUUCCUACCUGGCUGGGGACAGUCAUUUAGGUACCCGAAGAUUUGACAGAACUCAAAGGAUGUUGCUGUGAAUAUAGUUUGGGUUAUUUGGGAGUUCUGUUGACUUUUUAGUUUUAUUUUUCUUUCUUCUCUUUGGGAUGUGUAAAUAGAUCAAUAAUGAGGUAAGUGCGUGCUGCUAAGCUGAUUGCUCACGUGACUGCCACUUUCCCCACCCUCCCCAGUCUAAGCCGGGUUUCUUCUAUAUUGGUUUCUUUUUGCCAGCUUAACACAAAUGACAAACUCUUUCCACGUGCUUCCUCCCUCCGCGCUAACCGCCUCGGCUUGCAGAGUUGCAAUAUGGGCUUCACAGCGUCGGCCACGUAACAUCCCCUCUCCGAUCGCUGCCCCUUGCAGAGAGUGUAUCAUCUGUUUUAUUUUUGUAAAAAGAUAAAAGUGCUAAAUAAUAUUUAUUACUUGUUUGGUUGCAAAAAAAAAAAUGAAAUAAAUGACCGAGUGUUGAGAUUUUAAAUAAAA